UGACCAGGUAAAGAAAACACUGGGUUCAAAUACAGGUCUGACCCGGUCCAAAGACCAGCGCCGUCGUUUCGAUACCUCUCCCACUUGCCAGGCAAUCCCGCGCAGCAUCGCCGCCAAUGGACACGGACGGUGGUGAUCAAAAGGCAGGUGCCCAACCAACUUCAACCACAUCGACAGGGCAAAACGCCGACUACGACCUCUCAACCCCGCUAGGCACAAAUGGCGUAGGCCUGCGGCAGAACCUCACGGCAUACGGGGAUGCGCACUUCUCGCUCUUCAUGCGCAAGCUCUUCAUCAAGGCGCUCGGCUACAGCGAGGACGCGCUGUCCCGGCCCAUCAUCGGCAUCGUGAACACGUACUCAAGCUUCAACCCGUGCCACUCCAACAUCCCGCAGCUCAUCGACGCCGUCAAGCGCGGCGUGCAGCUCAACGGCGGCCUGGCCAUCGACUUCCCCACCAUCAGCCUACACGAGUCGUUUGCCGCGCCGACGAGCAUGUACCUGCGCAACCUGAUGAGUAUGGACACGGAGGAAAUGAUCCAGGCCCAGCCGAUCGAUGCCGUAGUUCUCAUUGGAGGCUGCGACAAGACCACGCCGGCACAGCUCAUGGGCGGCAUCUCGGCCAAUAAGCCCAUCAUCCAUCUCGUCACGGGGCCCAUGAUGCCCGGCAGCUUCCAAGGCGUUCGCAUCGGCGCGUGUACGGACUGCAGGAGCAACUGGGCCAAGUUCAGGGCUGGCACGCUCGACAUUGAAGACAUUUCGGCCCUCAACGAGGAGCUCGCGCCGACGGGAGGCACCUGUGGUGUCAUGGGCACGGCUAGCACCAUGGCGUGUAUCCUCGUAGCUCUCGGGAUGAUGCCCAUCCACGGGGCGACGGCACCGGCCGUGUCAUCAGCCCGACUGCGCAUCUCCGAAUCGACGGGGGCGUAUGCCGUGCAGCUGGCCAAGCAGCAGCUGCGCCCGCAGACGUUGCUAACGCGCGAGUCCUUUAUCAACGCUAUCACCGUGCUCCAGGCCAUCGGCGGGUCGACCAACGCCGUGGUCCAUCUCAUGGCCGUUGCGGGGCGGCACCCGGCCGUCGCCGGCACCAUCGGGCUCGACACCGUCGACGACAUUGGCCGCACCACGCCGCUGCUCGUCGAUCUCAAGCCGAGCGGCGAGAACUACAUGACCGACUUCCACAACGCCGGCGGCAUGCUCGCCCUGCUGCACGAGCUCAAACCGCUGCUGCACCUCGACGCCCUCACCAUCACGGGCCGCACGCUGGGCCAAGAACUCGCGCAGACGCCGUUCCGGCCCCUGCCACCGCACAGCCCUGCCAACUGCAUCCACCCGCUCGCGACACCGCUGUACCCCGCCUCGUCGCUCGUCGUGUUCCAGAACGGCAACCUGGCGCGCGGCGGGGCCGUGACCAAGGCCAGCGCGUCCAAGGACCACCGGCUGCUGCAGCACCAGGGGCGGGCGGUCGUGUUUAGCGGGUCGGCGGACCUGGCACGGCGCAUCGACGACUCCGACCUCGACGUCGACGCCGACAGCGUGCUGGUUCUGCAGCACAUUGGGCCCGUGGGGAACCCGGGCAUGCCCGAGGCCGGGCUGGUGCCGAUUCCACGCAAACUUGCGGCGCUGGGCGUGGGUGACAUGCUGCGCAUCUCGGACGGCCGCAUGAGCGGCACCGCCGGCGGCACCAUCGUGCUGCACGUGUCGCCUGAGGCUGCGGACCCGGCGUCGGUGCUCGGCAUUGUGCGCGACGGCGACGUCAUUGUCUGCGACGUCGAGCGGCGCCUGCUGAGCGUCGAGCUUAGCGACGACGAGAUCCGCAGGCGCCAGGACGAGCGCCGCCAAGAGCAGAAGAGACCCGGUGCCGCGGCGACCCCGUGGCAGACACGCAAGGCCGCCAGGGGGUAUCGUGGCCUGUACAUGCGCGAGGUGAACCAGGCUGAGCACGGUGCUGACUUUGACUUCUUGACGGCUGCCGGCCCGGGGGGCGCAUGAAUAGGGGUAUUUACGUACCAUACCUAAUUAGGUAGGUAAGCAAACAUUCGCUACACGGCUUGGCUGGUCUCGAUUUUGCAUUAUUUAUCAAGAGAGCUCGUGAUGCUU